GGUUUGUCCAGCAUGGGGGAGCUCCCGUCCCCUCUUCUUACACUCGUUUUUUUUUCUCUAUACGCUUUCUCCCCCCUUUUCACCUCUUCCUCCUUAACAUAUAUACAUUUCCUGACUCAUCAGAUUGUCUAAUAGACGCGUUUUUAAAGGAAACAAGAUGGCUGAGAUCGGCAAGGGGGUUACUGCCGGAAAGCUGGCGAGUAACGUGCAGAAGAAAAUAAACCGAGCGCAGGAAAAGGUAAUGCAGAAGCUGGGCAAAGCUGAUGAGACUAAGGACAUCUUAUUCGAAGAGGGAGUGCUGAACUUUCACAAGCAGCUGACUGAGGGCACCAAACUGCAGAAGGACCUCAGGGCCUACAUGGCUGCCGUCAAAGCAAUGCACGAGUCAUCCAAGCGCCUACAGGACUGCCUGGUGGAGAUGUACGAGCCAGAGUGGUAUGGGAAGGAUGAAGUGGACUCCAUCGUGGAGGACACCGACGUCCUGUGGACGGACUUCCAUCAGAAGCUGGUGGACCACGCUUUGAUCUCCAUGGACACGUAUCUCGGCCAGUUCCCCGACAUCAGGGCACGCAUCGCCAAGCGGGACAGAAAGCUGGUGGACUACGACAGCGCGCGGCACCAUUUUGCAUCACUGCAAAAGGGCAAGAAGAAGGAUGAGGUGAAGGUUGCCAAGCCAGUCUCUCUCCUGGAGAAGGCAGCCCCCGGCUGGGCACAGGGGAUACUGUCGGCCCAUCAUGUGGCUCAGACUAACCUGUCCCGGAGCCAGGCCGAGGAGGAGCUGGGGAGAGCCCAGAAGGUGUUUGACGAGAUCAAUGUUGACCUACAAGAGGAGCUUCCCUCCCUAUGGAACAGUCGAGUUGGCUUCUAUGUCAACACCUUCCAGAGCGUGGCUGGUUUGGAGGAGAAGUUUCACAGAGAAAUGGGCAAGCUGAGUCUGAACCUUAAUGACGUUCUGACCAAACUGGAGGAACAAAAGGCAGGUAAAGUGCUUGAGAAGACGGAAGCCAAAGUGAAGAGUGACAUGGGUGGAACCAACAACUCUCUCACACCUGGGGGGACCACUGCCCCAGGAAUUCCUAAGUCUCCUUCCAAGCUGAAGCCUGGACCGCCGGUCCCACCCCCACCCAAGCUGACGCCAUCCAAAGACCUGAAAACGGAGAACAUCAUCAACCUGUUUGGCGAGACGUUCGUGCCUGACAUUAGCGUUACGUCCCCCUCGCAGUUUGAGGCCCCUGCGGGGGGCAGUCUGCUUGACAUGGACUUUGACGCUCUGAAGCCAGCCUCCAGCCCAGGGGCCCCUGCCGUCCCUGCCUCCCCUCAGGCGGCGUCUUGGGACCCGUGGGAGCAGACAGACGCAGCUGAAGUCUCCUCAAACACGCCAGCCGUCGAUUCUGAUGCCGUCCCUGCCGAAUCAGCGGAACCGCAGCCGGCGGAAACCAACGGAUCCGCGGAGGAGGUGGACAUGCCCCCUGGAUUCCUCUACAAGGUCAUGGUGAUGCACGACUACGUGGCCAACGAUUCCGAUGAGCUGGAGAUGAAAGCCGGGGAUGUGGUUUUGGUUAUGACCUACGACAACCCUGAUGAGCAGGACGAAGGCUGGCUAUUGGGGGUAAAGGAGUCCGACUGGCUGCAGACCAAGGAGCUGAAGAUCAAGGGCGUGUUCCCCGAGAACUUCACCCAGCGUGCGUGAGCUGCAGCGCCGGCAGGGGGACGCCUCCUCUGCCCUGCGCCUACGCCGCCACACCCAGAAGUCUUGUGCCGGAAGUCUGCCUGGGGGAGCCAAAGGCCCGGGCACCAAGGGCCAGCCGUGCAUCAUGGGAAAGCUACGUGUAGAGACGUGGUAGCCGGCUCGUCGUCGUGCUGUUGGUUCACUUAUUUAUUCUGUUUAGUUUUGUUGUGCCCCCCCCCGCCCCCAGAGUGGAAUAAUCCUUGUUUAAUAUUUUAAACGUUCUUACAGGUUCUCAUUGCCUAAAUCCCUGGACGCUUGUGUACCGUGUUCGUUUUGUUCAGCAGAUUGUUAUUGGCUGUCGUGGCAGGGAUCUCUCAGGGGAUUGGACCACUUCUGAUCCACCCCUGAGCGCUUUUGGGAUGCAACCCCCACACCUGCUCCUUUUGUGUCUGAUUCCCACCUCACACGUCCGCUCGCCUGCCCGUGGGUUUGGGAACCAUAGUGCAAUCCCAAAUGGACCGAUGGAAGAUACUGGAAGCGUUAUCAUUUGUGUGAGAUAAAGCCUUCCGGAAUGCACUGACAGGAUGUUUAAUGACGUUUUAUGGCAAUUUAGUUUAGCGACAAUAAGGAGUGUACUCUAACUGGUUGACAUGAGACAGAGUUUAAAAAAGUGCUGUAUGUCCGCAGUUUUCUAGAUGAUUCUAUACAGAACUAUUUUAAUACAGUGGGUUAAAAGGGGAAAUUGGACAGGCUACCCAGUCUUUUAGCAAUCACCCAUUGAUGCGCGUUCAGGUGUUCUGCCUACUGUCCGUCCUCUGGCCCAACACGUGGUAAUUCCCAGUUACUGCCACAUUUUGACUGGAAACUUGCAGCCAGCUUGAAGAUGAACUGUGGGUACUGUAUUUUCUAGGAGAUCUGCUGUAUGUUCCUAAAACCUUCCGAGGCUGAUGCAUGUUGGGUAAAACCUUGGGUUUCAUCUCAGCCCCCUGCCCUCUCAGCUCAUACAAACGGGGAUGACAGUGAAAUAAAUAUUUUCUGGAUUUUAUUUUGUGUACAAACUGGAACUUGUGGCUUGUAACCUGGGUGGUAUGCCAUUUGAAUCAUGUCGUGUUGCAUAGCUAUUUCCUGGAAUGUCGGAGUACUCUGUGUAAGGUGGAUGUGUACUGUGUGUGUAUUGCAUUGCCCUCUCCUGGAGUUGUGUGCUAAUUUUCGAUAUUUUGUUACCAUGGAAAUGGGAGAUUUUGAGCCGCCCGGCCCAUUUUCCGGUGAACCGCUCUUUCUUUGCCUGCUGUAAUUUCACCCCCUGGCCAGUUGGUGGUGCUCCUCCCCUUCUUUUAACUGUCUAACCAGCAGCCGAGUGGCGGGCCAGUCCAAAGCCACGCGGGCUCCCACAGCCACGCUGUCCGCUUGACGUUUCUCUGUAAUGGAUCAGUGUCGUGUAACACAUGCCUAGUGUAUAUACCAGUAAACACUAACCCCCCUUCAGAUGAGUUGUGUUGUCAUACGCAUGCAGUAUUCUCUAUCCUACCGCCACCCCGCGUGCUAUGUGUGGAUUUCAGUAAGGGAGGGGUGGGGGCUGGGCUCACCUCAUACUGACCAACUUACAAACGUGUUUAUUCGAAACCUUCUGACCAGCUGUCUCGACUCUGGCAAUAAAUACGGGUUGAACCCCAGA